GUAAUGCGGGCUGGUCCAUUGGACCUUCUCAACCCAUGUUUUGGCCCAUGGGCCGCAAUCUUAACAGAAAGAUGGGCUUUUCUUGCCUACCAACGAUUCAACCUUUUGAGGCCCACUAGAUCCGUAAUUCUAAAACGCCUCUUUUUUUUUUAAAAUCAGAUUCCGAAACGACUCUUGUUUUGCUGUCAAGCAGAAAACCAUGUUGGCACGUGGGGAAACCAUCCUCGCAUGAAUGAAAUCGAUGGUGGCGAUGAAACCAUCAUGUCGAGGGAGCAUCGUGACGUCAGCAAGGGCUCUCGCUUCUGGAAUACUCCGUCCCGUCACGCAAUAGAUCUGCUACGUUGGCAAAUAUUUGCUCCUUCUCUUCCAGAGUGUCCAAAACGCACAGUUUCAUUUCCCUUCUCCAUCUUCCACGCUCCUUCUGCUUGCAAAAGGCAAAAGCGGCACAAAAUUCCGAAGGACCCAUUUUGUGUCUCAGUCCAUGUGAACUCGCAAUUCAAUUUUGCUUCUGUUUCUUGAGAAACCCAUUACGCUCUUUUUUGAUUUCUGGAAGUUGCUGGUGCGUGUCAAUGUUUGGUUUACAGUUGCACAACCAGAGACUCGCUGUAACCGCGUUAAACGAGAAGCCGACACAGUGGGACUGGGGUUUCACUUCUAUUGCAGUUCCUAAGUGUCUUGAUUGUUGUAUUUUUAGCUGAGUGUCGGUGUGAAGAUGGUUGGAACCACCGAAUCAGUAAGCCAUAACGUGUAUUCCAAUAGCCCGAUUCCAAAUGGUUCUCUUGAAAAAAAACUUGAUGAGCUUCGACACCUCAUGGACAAAGCUGAAGGUGAUCCCCUGAGGAUUGUAGGCGUUGGAGCAGGAGCUUGGGGUGGUGUUUUUACUGCUAUGUUACAGGACGGUUAUGGUCAUUUAAGAGAUAAAGUUCUAAUAAGGAUAUGGAGAAGACCUGGAAGGGCAGUUGAUAGAGCAACCGCGGAGCAUUUGUUUGAGGUGAUCAAUUCGAGGGAAGAUGUAUUAAGGAGACUUAUCCGGCGUUGUGCGUAUCUAAAGUAUGUUGAGGCAAGAUUAGGUGAUCGGACAUUAUAUGCAGAUGAGAUUUUGAAAGAUGGGUUUUGCUUGAACAUGAUUGAUACACCUCUUUGUCCUUUGAAAGUUGUCACCAACUUGCAAGAGGCUGUAUGGGACGCUGAUAUAGUGAUCAAUGGCUUGCCAUCAACAGAGACACGUGAGGUGUUUGAAGAGAUUAGUAGGUAUUGGAAAGAGAGGGUUACGGUGCCAGUCAUAAUUUCUUUGGCGAAGGGUGUAGAAGCUGAGAUGGAGCCUGAACCACGCAUAAUAACUCCAACUCAAAUGAUCAAUCGAGCAACUGGAGUUCCAAUGGAAAACAUACUCUAUCUUGGAGGACCUAAUAUCGCCUCUGAGAUUUAUAACAAGGAAUAUGCUAAUGCUCGCAUUUGCGGGUCUGAGAAGUGGAGGAAACCACUGGCAAAGUUUUUGAGGCAGGCUCAUUUUAUAGUUUGGGAUAAUGGUGAUCUUGUCACACAUGAAGUUAUGGGUGGCUUAAAGAAUGUUUAUGCCAUUGGAGCAGGAAUGGUAGCGGCCCUAACUAAUGAAAGUGCCACCAGUAAAUCAGUUUACUUCGCACACUGCACGUCAGAGAUGAUAUUCAUCACACAUCUGUUGUCAGAAGAGCCAGAGAGACUUGCAGGGCCUUUGUUGGCUGACACCUAUGUGACCCUGUUGAAAGGCCGUAAUUCAUGGUAUGGGCAAAAAUUGGCAAAAGGGGAAUUGAGCAUUGAAAUGGGUGAUAGCAUCAAGGGCAAGGGGAUGAUUCAGGGAGUUUCUGCUGUAAAAGCAUUUUAUGAACUACUCAGUCAGUCCUGCUUAAGUGUCUUACAUCCUGAAGAAAAGAAGUCCGUAGCUCCUGUUGAGCUUUGCCCCAUACUGAAGAUGCUAUAUAAAAUACUCAUAAAAAGGGAGUUUUCAGCUGAGGCCAUUCUACAAGCAUUGCGAGAUGAAACGAUGAAUGACCCACGUGAUCGAAUUGUGAUUGCACAAUCCCAUGUUUUCUACAGACCAUCCCUUCUCGGUCACGAUUCUUGAUUGCACAUUUUUUUACUUAUAUAUGUAAACCGCAGUUUCCAGUAAGUGUAAGCGUAACAGUCUCUAGUGUACCAUCCUGAGAUUGGACUUUGGAAGAUGAAGGGCUUGAAUUGUUUGUAAAGUAGUGUAUUACAAAAAAAAAAAUUCCGUUAUUGAAGACAAGGGAUGGAAUAAGUUUCUGGGAUUGAGAGUUUUACUAAGUGCUCUCUUGUAUUUCUCAUUUUGAUUUUCUUUCUCUCCGUUGAUGAUGGUUGUAAAUAAUGUAUUUUUGCUAUAUUGCAAAAGGAACGGAGAUACAGCAAACAAUUUAAGGAUGGUACUUAAGAUAUCCCAUGUUUCCUUUAUAUUUUUAUUGAGAAGUCAUGGA